GGGCCGCAAUGACAACGUAAAAAGAAGAAGCAUCACCAGCGCACCAGUCACAACACUCACCACAAACACCAUUACUACCACCAGAAACACCACAAACACCAUCACGACCACUAUCACCACAAUCACACGAGCCAUCACCAAAAAUGCCCUCCCCACCCCACACGGAAAUCAACAACACCGUGGACAAAGUUUUCUUCCCGGUUUACGACGGCUAUGAAUACGAUGACUUUAACGCCUCGGAGUGCCUCGUCAACGGCUCCAUAUCCAGCGAAGUCUGUCCGGAGUUCGAAGUUCCAAUGUUCCGCCACUCCCUCCACGUCACGAUCCUUUACUGCGUGGCUUAUGUGCUCGUCUCUCUCAUGGGCGUCGUGGGGAACAGCUUCGUGGUGGCGGUGGUCAUGAGGGCACCACGCAUGCGCACCGUCACCAACGUCUUCAUCGCUAACUUGGCCGUCGCUGAUCUCCUAGUGAACAUCAUCGUGCUGCCCACCACCCUGAUCGGUCAUCUUCUGAAUGCGUGGGUCCUGGGCCUGUUCGUGUGUAAGGCCAUGUCGUACCUGCAGGGCGUCAGCGUCUCGGCGUCCAUCAACACCUUGGUGGCCAUCUCCGUGGACCGCGCGCUGGCCAUCUGCUACCCGAUGCGCUGCCAGAUCACAUCCCGCACCUGCCGCAGCAUCAUCGUCGUCAUCUGGGUCUUCUCGCUCACCAUCACUCUGCCUUGGGCCAUUUACUUCACGCUGGAGCCAAUCCCUAACUCGGACCUUAGCGUAUGCAUGGACAAGUGGCCCGAUGAGCACAGCGGUAACCUGUACUUCGUGCUGGCCAACCUCGUCAUGUGUUACCUGCUGCCGCUCACCGUCAUCUCCAUCUGCUACAUCCUCAUAUGGCGCAAGGUGUGGCGGCGUAAGCUUCCAGGCGAGAGGCAGGACGUGGGCGUUGCUAUGAUGAUGCACCGCUCUAAGAUCAAGGUUAUCAAGAUGCUUCUGGUGGUGGUGAUCCUCUUCGCCCUCUCGUGGCUGCCCCUCUACGCCAUCUUCGCUAGGCUCAAGCUGGGCGUCGCUCCCACGGACAUGGAGACUCACUUCAUACACAUUUUAGCCCCGAUCGCUCAGUGGCUCGGGGCGUCCAACUCGUGCAUCAACCCCAUCCUGUACGCCUUCUUCAACGACAAGUUCCGUGCGGGCUUCAAGGCCAUCCUCGUGUCACAUUCAUGCUGCUCACCACUCCGCCUCGAGACCAACUGCAAGUCCUUCACCUCCGUCAAGGCCCCCAACCCGUGCUCCCUCGAGUCCAAGGCGUCCUCUGAGUUCUCCGUAUACUCCAGCUCCUCCGGGUCUGCAGAGACGCGUAGGAAGUCAGUGCUUGUGCAGAUCCCUCUAGACAGCCACAGCGCCCGGACCGUCUUGGCCGCCACGCCCGCGGAGAAGCGGCGGUGUAUAGGGACGUCCUCGCUGCACUACCACCGCCCCACGCCCAACUCCGCCGCCGCCGCCGCCGCCAACUCCCCUGCUGCCGCUGCCACCAAACGCCGCUCCUCGUCCACCAAGCCCACGCUCCUCUACCGGCAGUGCAUCAUUAAUAACCUUACCAAUGGAGGUGCCACGGCUUCAUCCACCACCACCACCACUGCUUCCAAAGACGAGUCCACUGACGACACCGGCACCACCACCACCACUACCACUACCACCACCGCCGCCUCAGCAGACUCCAUUGGUACUAUCAGCACCACCACCACCACCCAGACCAAUGGAUGCAGCACCUUAGUAUGAGAGGCGCCAUGGUCCCACCCUAUCGCCACCUCGAUAUGAGAGUUUUAGUGUCAUCCAACCUCCUUCACCCAAUAGUGAGCCAGUCAGUCACCCAUAAAAAAAAAUUCAGAGUGAACUGACUCCCCGUGGGGUAUGAAUGGAAUGUUAGCUCUUUUUAAGCUGGUGUCUGAAAUUUGAUAUAUUCAUGUAACCACGGAUGUCAGCCUGACUUGUGUCCCGAGGUAUUGAUUUCUU